GUGUUUACUAUUGCCUUUAUUUUGACAAUUUAAUGCUUCUAGUAGAGGUUGAAAGUGUUACUGUAUUAUUAUGAGCGUAGUCGACAUAAAUUAAUAAUGGAAGAGUUAGAUGAUCAAUUUUGUUAUGUCUACAGCUCUUCAUUAGAACACAGGGUUCAGAUUAAAAUUGGGACUCUAGAGGGUCAGCGUGAAAGACCAGAAUAUGAUAAAUUAUUAGCAGAUCCAUUACUGAGGUUUUCUGGCCUAUGUCUGGACAGCUGUGCCGAUUUGAUAGUAAACUGUCAGAUAUUUGCUAAUGGAAAACCUUUGGCUCUACCAACUACUACAAGUUAUAAACCAUUCACAACAAGAUGGAAUUGGAAUGAAUGGGUUACAUUAGGUGUGCAAUUUAGUGAGCUUCCUCGCAAUGCCAUUCUUUGUCUUACUGUUUAUGAUUGUGCUGGCCCAGGAAGAAUGCUUCCAGUCGGUGGCACAACAAUUUCAUUAUUUGGAAAAUAUGGAGUAUUUAGGCAGGGAAUGUUUGAUUUGAGAAUUUGGCUGAAUAGAGAAGCUGACAGUAAUUGGCCUUCAUCUACUCCUGGAAAAUCACCAGAUCAAGGGAAAGAUCAGAUGCAGAGAUUAAGCAAGUUGGCAAAGAAACAUCGUAAUGGUCACAUCAGUAAAGUAGAUUGGCUCGAUAGAUUGACUUUCAGAGAAAUUGAGAUGAUCAAUGAGAAAGAGAAACGUACUUCAGAGUUUCUUUAUCUAACUGUAGAAUUUCCAACUAUUUUUAUUGACAAUGUACAGCACUCUAUAGUAUACUAUGAACAAGAUGGUGAUGAUAUUUAUCAAUUUCGAGUGCAAACUGACUUGGUCAGCGUACCUGACUCUGAAAUAUUACAGGAAAAUCUUGUUGAAAGUAAACAUCAUAAAUUAUCUCGUUCAGUACGUAGUGGAGUUUCUGAUCGAGAUGCUAAACCAAAUGCAAUUGUUAGAGACCAAUUGAAUAAUAUUGUUAGAUACCCUCCUACUAAACAAUUAUCGAGUGAGGAACAAGAUUUAGUUUGGAAAUUCCGUUUUUAUCUUAGUUCACAAAAGAAAGCUUUGACCAAGUUUUUAAAAUGUGUCAAUUGGAAAUUAAGUGGUGAGGUUCGCCAAGCAUUAACACUAUUAAUGCAAUGGGCACCUAUGGAUGUUGAAGAUGCCCUUGAGCUUUUGAGUCCAAAUUUUACUCAUCCUACUGUACGAAGAUAUGCAGUCACCAGAUUGAAAGAAGCCCCUGAUGAGCAUUUGCUAUUAUAUUUGUUACAAUUAGUUCAAGCAUUGAAAUAUGAGAAUUUUGAUGACAUUAAUGAGGUUUUUAGAAAUAUAGCACCAGGAACUGAUUCUUUAAAUUCGCAAGAUGAUUUAAAUAAGGAUAAAAAUGCUAAAACUGAUUUAGACCGAGAAUUAUCUUCAAGCAAUAUAGCUGAUCAAAUGGCAGCAUCUGGUUCAGGCAGUGCCAUAGAUCUACAGAAAAAUGAUUCGAAACUAUCAAUCAGUUCAAAUUCGCAGAUUUUUAAGAAAAAAGUUCAACAGGAUUUGCAUUCUAAGAUGAAUAUUUCACGAAGUAGUAUAGAUUCAGAAAACACAGAUACUCUCUUAAGUAAAGAAGAUGGUUGUCAUGAUUUAGCAUCUUUUUUAAUACAUCGAGCUUCCAUGAAUUCUAAAUUAGCUAACUUCUUGUACUGGUACUUAAUUAUUGAAUGUGAAGAUCCCACAGAUCCAAAUAACAUAAAGCCGGAUGAUAAAGUUCGUGAAAUGUAUUUAAUGGUUCUCAAAACCUUUUCUUAUGUUUUAGCUAAAGGAUCUGGUGACUUUCAAAAGAGGCAUACAUUUUUAAAAGACCAACAAAAGUUCAUUGAUAAAUUAGUUAAGCUCAUAAAAACUGUUGUUAGAGAAAGUGGAAAUAGAAAGAAAAAGACGGAUAAGUUGCAACAAUUAUUAAGUGAUUCCGAUGCUUUCAAAUUUAAUUUUGUAAGCUUUGAUCCUAUUCCACUGCCUUUAGAUCCAGAUAUAAUCAUCAAAGGCAUGAUACCACCAAAAGCAAGUCUUUUUAAAUCAGCCUUAAUGCCUUCUAAGCUGACUUUUAUUACAAAAGACAAUAAAGAAUAUGUUACAAUUUUUAAAUAUGGUGACGAUUUAAGGCAAGAUCAGCUUAUAUUACAAAUGAUCACUCUUAUGGAUAAACUUUUAAGAAAAGAAAACUUGGACCUCAAACUAACGCCAUAUAAAGUUUUAGCUACAAGUACCAAACAUGGAUUUCUUCAAUUUAUUGAUUCCUUUACUGUGGCUGAAGUAUUGGCAACAGAAGGUAGCAUACAAGCAUUUUUCAGGAAACAUCAUCCACACGAAACUGCCCCAUAUGGAAUUGCCCCUGAAAUAAUGGACACAUAUAUCAGAAGUUGUGCAGGAUAUUGUGUUAUAACAUAUCUAUUAGGUGUUGGGGAUAGGCAUUUGGACAACUUACUCUUAACAACAUCUGGAAAGCUUUUCCAUAUUGAUUUUGGAUAUAUUCUUGGAAGAGACCCAAAACCUUUACCACCACCUAUGAAAUUGUCUAAGGAAAUGGUUGAAGCCAUGGGUGGGGCGCAUUCAGAACAUCACCAAGAAUUUCGAAAAUUAUGUUAUACAGCUUUUCUUCAUUUGCGGAGGCACGCAAAUCUAAUGCUUAAUUUAUUUUCGUUAAUGGUUGAUGCCUCUGUUCCUGAUAUUGCUUUAGAGCCUGACAAAGCAGUAAAAAAGGUGCAAGACAAACUUAGACUUGAUUUAGGGGAUGAAGAAGCAGUCUUGUAUAUGCAAAACUUACUAGAUCUUUCGGUAACUGCUGUGAUGGCUGCUCUCGUGGAGCAGUUACAUAAAUUUGCACAAUACUGGAGAAAAUAAAUAUUUUGUACUAAUAUUAGUAUAAAUUUAAUAUACUAUUGUGAAUAUAAAUGUAAUAAGUGUUGCAAAAUAUUUUUUUAUAAAUGUGCAUUGGUUUUUAUAUUGAUAAGGAGUUAGAGGGCUGCCUCUUGGAGGAUGUAUCGCUGCCAGAAUACAAAUGAUUACAAAU